UUUUUUAUUAUACAACAAAAUGUUUGCCAAAAAGUUUGUGAACCAAAAGUUUUUACUGAACGAGAUUUUGUCGAAAAACGUCCAAAAGUUUAUUAAUACCCAAAAGUUGGCUACAAAUCCGUACAACAAGUCAUGUCUUCAGAUAAGUCGCCGACACUUGAACUCAACGCCACUGUCGUCGGUGUUAUCGCCGGAACAGUUGGCCACCAGCGGCGCCGCCCCCUCCACCACAUCCACCUCAGCGCCGGUGGACGUGAUGGCCGAAGACGUGCCAGAGUUUCCCGGCUCGAGGUCUAAGUGGACGGAAACUCUUCGCUUUAUUCUUCCGGAACACUUCGAAGGCAUACCAGUGUAUCGGGUGAUGAACCGCAAGGGCAUUGUCAUCGAGCCGUCGGAGGAUCCCAACCUAUCGCAGGAUAUGGUCACCAAAAUAUAUAAAGGGAUGACGAUUUUGAAUUCAAUGGAUAGAGUGCUAUACGAGAGCCAAAGACAGGGACGGAUCAGCUUUUAUAUGACAAACUAUGGCGAAGAGGGCACUCACUUCGGCUCAGCCGCCGCUAUCAACGACGACGACCUCGUCUUUGGACAGUACAGGGAAGCAGGUGUCUUAAUGUGGAGGGGAUUCAAAUUAGACAAAUUCAUGGCCCAGUGUUAUGGCAACUGCGACGACCUCGAGAAGGGUCGCCAAAUGCCUGUCCACUAUGGCUCCCGAGACCAUUAUUUCGUGUCGAUAUCGUCCCCAUUGGCCACUCAGAUGCCACAGGCCGUGGGCGCCGCCUACGCCCUCAAGAGGGAGGCCAAGGGCCGGUGCGUUAUCUGUUACUUCGGUGAGGGGGCCGCCUCCGAGGGUGACGCUCAGGCGGCUCUCAACUUUGCCGCCACUCUCAACGCCCCCAUCAUAUUCUUCUGCCGUAAUAAUGGUUACGCCAUCUCUACACCGACUCACGAGCAGUACAGGGGCGAUGGCAUCGCGUCGAGAGGGCCGGCGUUUGGCAUACCAUCGGUUAGAGUGGACGGCAACGACGUGUUGGCCGUAUAUAACGCCACACGACAGGCCCGCAGUAUAUGCGUCGACGAGUCGCGGCCGGUGCUCAUAGAGGCCAUGACCUACCGGAUCGGACACCACUCGACGUCGGACGACUCGAGCGCCUACCGGUCCGUGGAUGAGGUGAAACAGUGGCACCAAAAGGAUCACCCGAUCUCCCGAACCCGCAAAUACAUGGAACACAAGAACUGGUGGAACGAAGAGAUGGAGAAGUCGUGGAAAGAGGAGGCGAAACGACAGGUGAUGUCGGCCUUCACUAACGCCGAGAAGCAACUGAAACCCAAUUGGAUGGACAUGUUUACCGAUGUGUACCACGAGAUGCCCGACAACUUGACGGAACAGAUGGAGGAGUUACGGAAGCACUUGGAUUUGUACAAAGAGCACUAUCCUAUCAAUAACUUUAAGCAAUAG